AUACAGCAGCUCGCCUUCCAUAUGAGAAACAAGGAAAUGAACCUCAUUCUCUUUUUCUUCCUGUUAUUGAUUGGUCCUCAAGUCCAUUGUUCUGAUCACUUCCCAGGACACCACAAUCACCAGUAUGCUCAAAGACAUGAACUUUCAUAUGAAGUGCCCGAAGACAUCUCAAACUUCCAUAAAAUAGUUUCUAGUAAUACUGACUUUGCGUUCAGAUUGUACAAGCAAAUAGUUACAAAUACAACUGCCCAAAAUGUUUUCUUCUCUCCCCUGAGCAUCUCCGCGGCUUUUUCCUUGCUGACCCUGGGUGCUAAAGGUGAAACGCUUAAUCAGAUUAACAAGGCACUUGUGUUUAACCUAUCAGAGAUUGAAGAGAAGGAGAUACAUGAUGGAUUUCGGCAGCUCAUCCAAGUGCUUAACCGUCCACAUAAACAAGCACAGGUGAGCAUAGGGAAUGCCUUGUUAAUAAGUGACUCAUUUGAAGUAUCGUCUACAUUUCUGGAGGAUGUCAAAACCUGGUACAAAGCCAAAGCCUUUUCAGUCAACUUUGGAAAUCCCACAUUAGUUAAAAAACAGAUAAAUGCUUAUGUGAAAAGAAAAACGCAUGGGAAAAUACCCCACGCAUAUGAGGACCUCGGAGGAAACAGUGUAAUGGUUAUUUUGAACUAUAUCUACUUCAAAGGCUCCUGGGAAAUGCCUUUUGACCCUGCAUCAACCAGAGAAGAAGAUUUUUUUGUAGAUUCAGCCACAACUAUCAAAGUCAACAUGAUGUUCCAAACGGGAGGUUACAGAGUUCUCCAUGAUGAACGUCUGUCUUGCUCGGUGGUGCAAAUGCCUUACAAAGGAGAUGCCACUGCAUGGUUCAUCCUGCCAGAUGACGGGAAACUGAAUGACGUGGAGGCGAGUUUGGGAAAAGAAACUUUCUCUAACUGGAUGACAACUGUUAGACAAAUAUAUAUAGAACUGUAUAUUCCAAAAUGUUCCAUUACUACAUCCUAUGACCUCAAGCAACUAAUGCAGGGACUGGGUGUGAUUGAUGCCUUUAAUGGUGCUGCUGCUGAUCUGUCUGGAAUUGAUGGAGGACGCAAUCUAUUUGUUUCCCAAGCUACUCACAAGGCAAUUCUGAAUAUACAGGAAAAUGGCACUGAGGCAGCAGCACUCACCAGGAUUAAGAUUGAUAUAGCAUCUGGUCUUUCCCAUCCUCCUACCAUCAGAUUCAACAGGCCCUUCCUAAUGGCCAUAACUGAUAACUCAACACAAAGUAUGGUCUCUAUGGGGAAGAUUGUGAACCCAAAUAAUUCAGGAAUAUGAAGAGAACACGAUGGAGCUUGGAUGAUUAUGAAACAAAUUUCCCCCUUUGAAGUGCAAUUCCAUAUGUAUGGGCCUAGCCACUUUAGUGCCUUCAGUUAUUUUAAGACAAGAGCUGCACAAUAUCUGCAUAAUAAAUUUGACCUUAAAACAU